AUGGCAGAGGGGGAGCUUUUCGUGGAGGGGCAAACCCCGGAUUUCUCCGUCCUCCAGGAGCUGCUGUGUCCUCCUUGCCUGGAAUCUGAGCCUUGCAGCAGCAGCAGCAGCAGCAACAAUGCUUUACUUUGCAAACCGAGGGUCGUCGGUCCAGAAACAGCCUCCAUCAGAGAAUCCAGGUUCGAUCCCAUCAUCGGCAUGGCUUGCUGCCUCCAGAUCCCAGAGAGCCAGGCCCUCAGCUUCCUGCAGGAGACCACCCAAUUCCUCUCCCAGUCUGGGCCCACCAGCACCACCACAGCCAUCUAUGGCCCCAUGGUGCCCCAUGGCUAUGGAGCCUGCUUCCCUGAGGGGGCACAGACCUCCUUCGGAUCCCUGGACACCCUGAGCCUCAUCAGCCUCCAUUGCUCCAGCCUUGAAACAGAGCCAGGGGUUGGGAUGCCCAUGCAAGAAUGGAACCCCAUUGCCUGUGCCAAAGAAUAUGGAGGUCACCAUCUGUGGGCAACGUGCCUGGAAGAGCCCCAGACAGCUCAGCCACUAGGGAUCAGUGUCCCUCAUAUAUCUGAGUCUCCAAGGGAAGGCACCAGGAGAGUUUCCCGCAAGCAGUCCAACCCCCAGCGGAGCUGUGAGCCCCUGGAUUCUGCUUUCCAAGGAGUAACCUUUCAGAUGCAUCUGCAUCUCUGCCCUGGCAGUUCUGAGGGCUGCAGGCUCCUCAUAUGUCCCCGAUACAGCAGUGGGAAACUGAGGAAAAGAAGAGUCCCUUUAGCAAAAGAAGAGGGCAGAACGGGCAGUUCGGAGGAGGAAGAAGGAUGUCUCUCUACCCACAGGUAUAAACGUUGUGCUUCUUGCAAGACCAGGAAAACACCACUUUGGAGAGAUGCUGAAGAUGGGACACCUCUCUGCAAUGCCUGUGGCAUUAGGUACAAAAAGUACAGAAUUCGGUGUUUUCGGUGUUGGAAUAUUCCAAAGCAUGGUGGGAAACCCUACUCACACUGCUCCAAUUGUGGAGGAAGACUGCGUGUAGUAGCAGCCCAACCAAAAUGUGGGAAAAGAUGUGCCACGUUCUAAAGCAUUGCUGCUAACCAGAUUCCAAAAUAGCUCUUAUCAAAUCUUGCCAACCCGACUGAGAGUUUGGGAUGGACUGUUAGGUGGAGGGCAUUUAGAUUUAUUGACCAAGACUCAGCGGGCAUCGUUUUUUGGUUUGGGUGUUUCUUUUGUGGAUGUUUGGUUGCACCAUCUGUCUGUCUGUCUGUCUAUAUGUGUGUAUCUGUGUCUGUGUUUGGAGUGGGAAGAGGUAAGAAAGAAAAUGGAAGUUGUUUCAAGAAGAGAGGUGGUACUUCAGUUGAUCAUCUAAGACAGAAAUGAUGAUUAAUGGAGAACAGGGAUGCUUAAAGCACUUUUCAAGGGAUUAUUCCUGUCCAUCACAUUGGAAAGUGCAAAGCCCUUUAUCCUCCCUGGUUCUGAAGAACUCGGACAGGAUGCCUGACUGCUGACUGGGUGCUUUCCCUAGAAAAGAAGCGGAAAGGCAA